AUGAGUGUGGUAGAACCAGACAUGGAAGAUCUCUUCCAGGAGAAGAAGCGGGUCAGGAAUCCUCUCGUUCCCCUCGGCGCACUUAUGACAGCGGGGGUGCUCACGGCAGGGCUGAUUAGUUUCAGAAGAGGCAAUUCUCAGUUGGGUCAGGUUUUGAUGAGAGCUAGGGUUGUGGUCCAGGGUGCUACUGUCGCUUUAAUGGUCGGAACCGCCUAUUACUAUGGUGACAAUCCGUGGAAGAAAUAA